ACUGAGUGUGGCAGCGCACGUACAUCGCUCUGAAACAGUUUUUUUUUUAAAUUUCCAUUCCAAUAUUUUAUGACUUGUACAUUUGUGUACAUAGAUCAUUUCAUUUUUUUUAUAACAACACAACAAGAAGAUGGAACUUAAUUCUCUUUUAAUUCUGCUGGAGGCUGCAGAGUACUUGGAAAGAAGAGACAGAGAAGCAGAACACGGUUAUGCGUCUGUUUUACCGUACAGCAGCGACUUUUCCAGUAAGAAAACGAAAGCCUCGACAAUUUCCAGAAAAGCUCAGAACAAUAGAUCGUCGCACAACGAGCUGGAGAAGCACAGACGUGCCAAACUACGGCUGUACUUGGAGCAGUUGAAGAAGCUGGUGCCUUUGGGUCCAGACAGCACGAGACACACCACACUGAGUUUGCUGAAAAGGGCCAAGAUGCACAUCAAGAAGCUGGAGGAGCAGGACAGGAAGGCUUUAAACACGAAGGAGCAGCUGCAGAGAGAGCACCGCUACCUCAAACGCCGCCUGGAGCAGCUUUCUGUGUCCGGAUCUGUUGAGCGCAUCCGCACCGACAGCAUGGGCUCCACCAUCUCCACCGACUCCGAGCAAGAGGUGGACAUCGAGGGGAUGGAGUUCACUCCUGGCGAGGCGGACAGCGUGGGCAGCAUCAGCGACGGCGAGGAGGAGGACCACUACAGCCUCCAGAGCAGCUCCAGUGACACCAGCUACACAGCCACACAUUCCCACAGACUGCAGCCGCACCACUGUUAGACACCGCUCGCUCAUCAAGCUCCCAACCAGCUUCCUGGCCGAUGCUUUCCUCCCCUUGCCGACACCUUCCCCGAACCAUUUGCAAUCGCCAAUGCCGCCCGCGCCCUACAUCAGACCGGCCCACAAUGGCGAUACACCCUGAACCUCCUUUUCCUGGCCCCAGCUCUCCAGGAAGCACAUGGGGCUGAAAUGCCACUCAAGCCUUCCUGAACCCCCCUGACCACUGACCCUACCUCACCCUACUGUAUCCUGCCUGAACCUGCCCCUCCUCACCUGCCCUGCCCUCCCACUGCCCUCACAACCCCCUGCCUAGUGUUGCCGCAGGCUCAUAGAGAGCAGAGCAGUUUGUGGUUUUAAUGGGGACUUCUGUGGUGUGAUAGAUAGCUUUGACUUGUUAAUCAGGAUUCUGUAAAGUGUGUGUGUGUGUGUGUGUGUGUGUGUGUGUGUGUGUGUGUGUGUGUGUGUGUGUGUGUAUGUGUGUGUGUACAAGCUUCAUGUCAUCUCCAUAAGGCAAUAAUACACAGCUUUGCACCAAGUUUGUGGUGUAAAAGGUAAAGCACUUCUGCAAUAUUUGCAACAUUGAAAGUAUACAGUACAGUAUCUUCCCUUUACGCAAUAAGAUUUACAGGAGUAGCUAUUGCAGAUGUCCUGCACGUUCCUCAAAAACGUUUGACUGUUGAAAAUAACGACAGAGAUUAAAGGAAUACUUUGACAUUUUGGGAAACCUAUUUAUUUCACAGUCUUUAAACUAAGCUAAACCGACUGCUGGCUGUACCUUGAUAUUUAGCAAACAGACAUGAUGGUGUCGAAUAAGCUCUGUUCCCCAAAAUGUUCAACUAUUCAUUUAAUGCUUCCACUAUUUAGGUUUGUGUCAAUGUGCAGCGGUGCACCUGCAACUGCGUGGCCUAAAACAGGACUUUAUCAGUGGCUACUUCUGCACACAAAGUCACAACUUCAUUACCAAAUGUGGCCAAUUUUUUUUUGGUCAAAGACAAACUGAAAAAAGUUACAGAGCUGUAGCAGAGAAGAACAAAUGUAUAUAGAUGUACAGUUACUGUCCAAACCCUCAUGUCUUCCUCUGGUUGGGUUGCCUAACCACUACUCUCCACUACUGACCACUACACUAUACCACCCUACGGUGUGGAUGGACUACUAUGUCAAUUAAAAAAAGGAGUUGCCUCAUAACUAAAAACU